CUGGAGGUCUUCAUCCACAAUCUGCCAAUCGACCUCAGCGAGGAUGGGUUGAAAGAGCAGUUAGCGCCUUUCAUGAGGCGUCUCGCCAUUUUCGACUAUACUUGCGACAAGCCAAGGAAGAAACGCUAUGGUUUCAUCACCUUUCUCACCCGGGACGAUGGGGAGAACUUCCUAGCCUCUCACAAGGAAUGGAAACCGAACAAUGGUCUUGGGAAGCCAAAUGCGAACCUCCAAUUACUUGGAGCCGACGUUUAUUGCAAAUAUAGUAACCGCAAGCCACAAGAAUUUGUUCUCAAAGCCCUUGCUCAUGCAGUCGAGCAGCGGAGGAACCCUUCCCUAAUCAUCGAAGAAGAGGGAAACUCGAUCAGCUUCCCCCUGUUACGUUAUAGCUGCGGAUAUUCUACCUUCUUGAAUGCUAGAUUUACCUAUAUUCCCGAAGUUCAGUGGGGGGAUAGCGGAACAAUCACUUUCAAAAACCGCAACAUUAUCGUGAAAUUAAAUAACAUGCGUCUCAUCAGGAUUCCCCUUUCCACGGUCGUCGAGUUGGUGUGGAACUCUAGAGGAUCUUUUGUUCUCACUCUCUCUACAGUUCCUUUCUUCUUCCAAAGUACUCUUGGAGCCACUCGCUCCCGCCUCUGCUCACUUGGAGGAAAGCAUCCGGAAUGCGUUGGUCAAUGUCUAGUUUAUCAAUUCUGUGUCUCUGAUACAGACUUUUUCAAGAAAAUGCAAAACCUCAAGGAGUACAGUAUCACCCUUACUUUUUACGACUUUGAAACAACAUAUCAGAGACCCCUUCAUACUCAAAUGAUUGAUCUCAAAGACGUGCUAGGUACAUAUACCAAAGAAGGAACGCUUCCCUUUGGAAUCUUGUUUCAAUUACAAGCCCUGGCUUUCAAUGCGUUUCUCCCUGCGGAUACGAUUAUUGAUCUAACGAAGGAACUGGCAGCUAUCUUCAAAGCUAGAAAAACUGCGGGAAUAAGGCCUAUCUCGAUGCAGUCUGUGGGGAAACUGUUUAAUCUUAUUGAUUGGCCAGACCCAUUUGGGGAGCCUAGAGAUUUCACUACAGCAGGGCUGCUUCAAAUGAUCUCAGAAACUUCCACCGAAUUCCACGCUGGAAUAAUUCAAUCAGAGAUUCUCUUUCGCCCAAGCCAAAACCUAGCUCAAAUAUACAGAGCGACGGUCACACCUUCAAGGAUAACUCUACACGGUCCCGAGCUGGAAGCAAAAAAUCGUAUCCUGCGAAGAUUCCCAAAUCACCAUGAAUAUUUUCUUCGCGUGCAGUUCUGCGACGAGAACGGACAAGAUAUCCAUUUCACUCCACAAGUAAGCAAUGAGGAUAUAUUCUCUAGGUUUAAGAACACCUUGAAGAAUGGGAUCCAGAUUGCUGGGCGGACUUACACAUUCCUUGGCUUUUCACACUCAUCUCUCAGGUCUCAUUCGGUGUGGUUUUGUGCGCCGUUCGUGGACGACAACGGAAACCUUCAAACCUAUUUCUCAAUCAUCAAAGCCCUCGGCGAUUUUUCCAGCAUUACAUCUCCAGCAAGGUGCGCAGCAAGAAUUGGGCAAGCGUUCUCCGAAACCCCUUUUGCCAUAAAUUUGAAAGAAAAUUUUAUUUCGGUCGACAAAAUUCACGACGUGACCUCUACCGACGGCUCUCGAGUUUUCAGUGAUGGAGUUGGAACAAUAUCUCUAGGUGCUGUUGAAGCCAUCCGGGACAUGCUACCGUUAAAAAAGGGCAUUCCCACUUGUUUUCAGAUCCGCUUGGGUGGCGCGAAAGGAAUGCUAAGUCUUAACACCAGCCUCAACGGCUCGCGUAUCCAUCUUCGACCCUCCAUGAUCAAGUUUGAUAGCAAAGACAUGGGGGAUCUGGAAAUUUGUGAUAUGGCAUCGAAGCCAAUUCCCCUGGUACUAAAUCGGCAGGUCAUUAAAAUCUUAGAGGAUAUGGGAGUCCCUGAAGCUUGGUUCUACAAGUUGCAAAAGAUCCGGGUAGACCAACUAAGAAACGCGACUGCUACCACCAAGAACACUGCGAAAUUCCUCAAGAGGCAAGAUGUUGGAGGGCCCAUACGCCUACACAAACUCUUCCUUGAGUUUUCCCGACUGGGUCUCGAAUAUAAACGAGUGCCGUUCAUUCGCUCAAUCGUUGAAGCUGUGAUCCUCCGGGAGCUACGUUUGCUAAAACACAAGGCUAGAAUACCCGUAGAAAAGGGGAUUACAUUAUUCGGGAUUAUGGACGAGACAGGCUUCCUGAAAGAGAAUCAAGUCUACGUUACCUUUGAUACGAUGGGAGAUCGGUUCUUACCCCCUCCUGGUAAUUGUCGCCUUCUUGUUACUCGGUGUCCCUCUUUAUACGAUGGAGAUAUUCAAUACGUCUCCAAUCAAUUGCCUCCAAAGGACCAUCCUUUGACUGCUCACAGAAACUGCAUUGUCUUCAGUCAGAGGGGGCAACGCGAUCUUCCAAGCAAGCUCAGCGGAGGCGAUCUCGAUGGAGAUUUGUACAACAUUAUUUGGGACCCCGAGGCCGCUCCAACGCAGGUCUUCGCCCCCGCAGACUAUCCCCGUAUAGAUCCACUUGAUAUUGGACGCCUUGUGAAGAAAGAGGACAUGGGUGAUUUCUUUGUGGAUUUCAUGCAGUCGGAUCUUCUUGGUGUUAUUGCAACGAAACAUAUGAUUCUAGCGGACCAGAUGGAAUUGGGAACAUCCCAUUCUGACUGCAAGAAACUUGCACAAUUGCAUUCGACCGCUGUUGACUUUUCCAAAACAGGAGUUCCGGUUAAGCUAAAUGAAAUGCCUAUUAUGAAUCGCUGUCGACCAGAUUUUUUUGCGCCAGGACCGCAAGCAUAUAUCCAUAACAAAUCCGAUGUCAAAAUGGAACCUUACCUGGUCCAACCAAAUCCAAACGAGGAUGAGGACUCCGGGCCAGUCCACAAAUACUACAGAUCAGAAAAAAUUCUUGGAAAGCUCUACAGGUCGAUAGAUGAGCAUAAGAUCUGGAAAGAAGACAUUCGGCUCAUCGGAGAAUCAAUCUCUGAUGCACCCUGGGUGACAUUGAUUCAAUCCCUAACAGCCCGAUGUCGUGCAGUGGGAGCGCCAACCAACUGGAAAGCGCACCGCACAACAGCAGAGCAAAUCCGCGCAGUCUACGAAGACGCAAUCUCAGCCACAAUGAACAACUUCUCCGAACAUCCCACCAACCCGAUCUCCGAACUCGAAGUCUUCAUCGGGCAUAUCCUCAACAAAACAGGCGUCCAAACACGCCGCCAACGUGAACGAUCCAUAAAGCUCAAAGACGAAUUCGACCGCAUCGUCACCUGGAUCCUUGAACAAAUGCGUCCACGCCCGCGCGGCCCAUUAACGGGAUACGCAACAGAAUUUGACUCCCUCGAGCGCUGUCUUGCAUGCACUUAUAUCAUUGAAGACACUGCCAAGUCAAGAACGAAACGCAGUAGGAGAAAAUGGUACGAGCUGGAAAGUUUCCGCGUUGUCGCGGUUUAUGCACUAUUACUAGAGCUGGAAUUUCAUGAGAAGAAAGCGCAGGAGCAAGAGCAGGAAUUUAGGAAGUAUGUCUUUGCUGCGACGGGAGACUUGGACGAGGUAUCUCGUGCGGAGGUUGACAAGACCAUGAAGGAGAAGUACGGCAUUGAUCACACGUUGUGGAAAUGUGGGAUUGAUUUCGCUUCGCUGGGGAUUGACGAUUAUUAAGAUCAAGGACCUCCUAGGAGAUUAACUAGUGUGUGAUUCUGGAUUGGAUUUGGGAAGCUCUUCCAAGCGCUAGGUGUGGGAUGAGAUUCUCGGGUCCAAACUGUUCAGUACAGAGUUUAGACUCUUUCAAAUCUAUAAUUAAUAAUAAAGUAGUUCAAAAGCAACCCGCAAAUUGACGACUCCAUCAAAUCCUGUUAUCUAACGACUGUAAUGCAACCCCAGCGGCCUAACAGACAAAAUUCACAAAACC